AUGAAUUAUCCUGCAUCAAAACCGUUUAAAUUUAAUUUAUCCGCUCCUGGUAAAAUAAUUUUAUUCGGAGAAUAUUCUGUGGUUUUUAACAAACCUGCACUGGCAGGUGCUCUGUGCCUUCGUACCAGACUACACUUCGAAGAAAAUUCGUCGGGAAUUGUACACGUUAAAUUUUCCGCUCUAAACCUAGAAAAGGAAUUCGAUUUGACGGAUGUUAAAAAUUAUUUCACGGGUACUCAUCAAAAUGAAAAUUGGGGAGAAUAUUUGGCACGUUUGAAUAACGGAAUAAGAAAUUUAUGCUUGAAAACUUUGUCAGAAUCUCAAAAUAAUUGUUUGCUCGCUUUUUUUCACUGUUUUCAAAAUUGUAUGAAUUUUUCUCGGGGAUUUAAAAUCGAAAUAAAUUCCGAAUUACCCGUCGGUUGCGGCGUCGGAAGUUCUGCAAGUUUUUCCGUCGUUUUAUCAGCAGCAUUUUUACUUUAUCAACAUCAUUUAAAGGGGAGUCAAAACGUUAGCGAGCUCGUUAGGAGAAAUAACAACGGGAUUUGUGAUUUCGUUGAUGAAUUCAAAAAUACCGUGUCGGAGAUGUCUUAUUCGUGUGAAAAAAUAUUUCACGGAUCUCCGUCGGGAGUGGAUAACACGACGAUACUUCACGGAGCACUAUUAAAAUUUAUUAAAUCAAACGAGGGUCAUAAUCAGAUGGAAAUGAUAAACACAAAAUCGACGAUUAGAAUAUUAUUAGUCAACACGAACGUUCCCAGGAGUACGAAAACGUUGGUCGAAAACGUUCGGAAGUUAAAAAAUCGUCAUCCGGAAAUUAUUGAAAACGUAUUGAAAGGAAUGGAAGCCAUUGCGUUAAAUGCCGUCAGUAUUUUAAAGUGCGAAAACACGUCAAAAUGUUCGGAAAAUUUUAUUUCUCACUUUGGAGAAUUGAUUUCGUUAAAUCAUAAUUUAUUAAGAGUUCUCGGUGUGUCUCAUCCGGCUCUGGAAGAAAUCAUUCAAAUCGCGAGUAAAUAUGAUUUACAUGCCAAAUUGACGGGAGGCGGGGGAGGUGGAUUUGCAUUCGUAUAUUUACCGGAUAAUACGGAAACGUGUAAAAUUAAAGAUGUCAAAAAGGAAUUGGAAUCAUCCGGAUAUACAGUUUUAGAAGUAAGUUUAGGCGGAUCAGGAUUAAUCAUUGAGGAAUUUAUUUAA